AAACGCAAAAGGGCUCUCCAUAUCGCAGCCACCGCGUCGCCUCCAUGAGUCUCGGGGGAGAACCCUAGCCGCCACUCCUUCCCUCCCCUACCUCCUCCCUAUCUCGCCGCCGCCACCGGAGGGCGCGUCGGGGCGAAGCUAGGGCCAGCCCCAAGGAGGGCGAGGACGGCGCACCUGGUUCCUGCCGGCUUGGCGCGGUCGCGCGGCGAACUCUUGGUGCAGCAGCGCUGAGGCAUGGACUGCGUUGCCCAGGAGCGCCGCCGACGCCAGUUGCUGGCUUGCUACCUGGCUUACCCGCCUUGCUUCCGCCGGAUGCAGGCUCUCUCCACUCCUUAGGCAUCCGCCAUGUCGGCCCAAGCAGACGACGAAGUCCAGCCCUGGCCAACAAGCUGUUCGUCACACGCCCAUGGUAAUAUAGUGACGCUUCCUCUUUUCAAUCAACAUUUUUUCUGUUCACCGAAUUUCCAAGGAGUCAUUUGCAUUCCCAAUUCUAAUAUGUGUGAGAAGGAAUUGAAGAACAAUACAUCAGCUAAUCUCUAUGAAUUUCGUAUUAUAUGACGACGGAUGCAUUGAUUUUUAUAUGAAAGUGAGAACAAUACAUCAGCUAGCAAUUGAUACCCAAUAUUUCAUAUAUACCAGAAAAGAAAAUUGUUGUCAAUAAGUAGUUCACUACCAAGUACAAACAAGAUUUUUGAGACACAUGAUCUUCAUAUUGAUUCUAUUUCAAGGUCGGCAGCUUCCCUCAUCUUGGUUCUUAUUUUAAGUUCAAGCUGACUGAGUAGUAUUUGUGAUCCAAAUGACUGGUUUCAGGUAUCAACUUGACAUAUGUAUGUAGCCCUCUCCAUUUCCUCAUUCUCUGAUUCUUUGGGCCAUUUUAGAACUUCUGAUGGGUUAAUUUAUUUGCAGUUCGGUGUUGAUACUGCUCUAGAACACCUCCCACAUUAGUUCUCCGUUGCAAUUGCUCACCCAAUGGACAAGACGGACGUCUCUGUGCUCGCCCACCAUUAUUUGACCUGAUACAGUCACCCAUAAGAUCAGUAUGCCCCAACUUAUAUUUUUUCCAACUUCAUUAUUUUGGAUUAUCAGUUGUCCUUACUGCUAUCAAUCCAUGCCAAGAAGUAAUGCAACUAAACUACUUCUCUGAGUUUGGUGGGCAGUAAUGUAAUAGGAUUAUUGCCGCAUAGUUAAUUAUCAGAUGAAUAUUGUGUUCAUGGUUAGUUAAUUCUCUCACUGGUUAUUUGAAUAAUAAAUGUAGAAUUUGGCGUGUUAUGUAUCUCACCGAGAAAGUACUUGUUCUUGAUAUGCCACCCAUAUAUUUUAAGUUAGCUGUUUUAGUUGGUCUGAUAAUUUGGUACUGCAGACGAAGCACGUAAAAUACAUAACACACCACCCCGCAGGUCUGACUUGUUUCUUCAUAGGGGACAAGUCACGCAUAAGAUCAGUAUGCCCCAACUUAUAUUUUUUCCAACUUCAUUAUUUUGUAUUAUUGGUCGUCCUUACUGCUAUCAAUCCACGGCAAGAAGUAAUGCAACUAAACUACUUCUCUGAGUUUGGUGGGCAGUAUUGUAAUAGGAUUAUUGCCGCAUAGUUAAUUAUCUGAUGAAUAUUGUGUUAUGGUCAGAUAAGUCUCACUGGUUAUUUGAAUAAUAAAUGUAGAAUUUGGCAUGUUAUGUAUCUCAUCAAGCAAGUACUUGUUCUUGAUAUGCCAUCCAUAUAUUUUAAGGUAGUUGUUUUAGUUGGACUGAUAAUUUGGUACUGCAGACAAAGCACGUAAUAUCUGGGUACAUUGAAAAGCAUUUUUAAAAGGCAUGUAGUGAUUGACUUCAUGUUAGCAGUAAAAUAACCUUUCACUAUCAUGAUGUCAUCAGUUUACAAAGUGUGCAACCUGCCCUGCUGAUGUUUGGGUUUUUGUAUGCUACUAUGUUAUUAUUUACCUUGGUGAUGGGGCAGGGAAGGUAAGUGGGGCUAACCUAUUUGUCGGAGCAAGAAUAAUGACCAAGUUUUUCAUUAAAGUUUAGGGGGCAAGUGGGGCUAACCUGUUGGCCGGAACAAAAAUAAUGACCAAAUUUUUCAUUAAUGUUUGAGGGGCGUAUGGUCUUGGUGCUGCUCAAGCUCGGCCAUACGACUGUCACCGUAGGUGCUUCUCUGAGCAUUGUCAUCUUCUUCGCCACCGGUUUGGUAACCAUCUGGGUUUCCUUCUCUGCUCCUGCAUGUAUCAUGUUCUAAUGAGAAAUGGAGAGGAAGUUAGAAAAGUUAGUAAUCAUCGAUAAUAAUAAUGUGAUGCAGAAAUGCAUGUUAGCUGCAUAGGUGUACCCUGCAAGGAAUUAUUUUACAAUAGAAAUGCAUAUAUUGUGGAUUGAUGACUAAACAAGUUUGCAUGCACAUCCCUGAAAAUACAGCAGAGCCUUCAAUCUUGAGAGUUAAGAAUUCUUCUGGUGUUGCUUUGGAAAUGAAUGUCAUAUCUGAAUGCUUGCUUAUUUAGGUAUAUACGUAAAAUCUGAAACUGAUCAAUACUGUUUCUAAUAACAUAUUUGUAUAAAUGGAUCUUAAUUAUAUACAUAAUUUAAGAUGGAUGUACGGUAGUAGCAUAUGUUCAGGUUGAGGGUACUAAUUAUAACAAACGAUGUGCUUAUUCACAUAUGAUUGUAAUAUUAGUUGAGACGUGCAUUGCACGUGCACAUUUACUAGUGGAAGGAAGGAGAAGAAGGACCGAUCAGAAAGGUAGCAAGUAAUAGGACAAAAAGAGUAAGAAAAGUUGUUUGGAUCUAUUUCCUUUUGGACUUGUAGUUCGUUUGGGAAGUGGAGAUAGAAAAAAACAGAGUAGGUGUUUGGAAGGGAAUACAAUGCUGAUAUUUUUGGUUCGGUUGGGGAGUGAACUUCAAAAAAAGGAACACGUGGCUAGUAGUACUCAGUAUAUGAGGAUCGUGAGGCAAAAAGGAGAGAAAGAAAAAAAGUUAAGUGGCUUGCUAGCACUAAUUGUUUGUAUAUCCUUUUUUGAUCUAGCACUCAGUAUUUUAACUUUUAUCACGGUCGUGAAUUCGUCUGUGUCUUAGGCUCGCGUCUCUAAUCCGGUCUAGCUUAGGACCAGCACUUACCACUUUGAGCGAAUUUUCAGCUUGCAUUAAUUAACGUGGUUGUAGCAUUUUUUUCACACAUAUAAAUCCAACCCAGCUCCACAUAUUUCUACACCGUGCAUACAUAUGUUCACCUGGCAAUCACUUUACCAAACUUUUGGAGUUAUUUGACACCGCUGGUUGCCGGUCACCACCUGCUGCAUGGUAAGAACUUGUAAGAUUUUGAUAUUUGCUAUACUGUGAGCGUUUUACCACCACAUCUUAGUAGUUCAUAGGAACAUUAUUCUUGGAUUUUGUUUCUUGUUUUCUACUAAAUAUGACAGGUUCCAAAGUCAGCUGGGCUUCAUCAAUCGUGGGAGAGAUGUCACCACCUCAAAAAAUACAACCACCAUCACAAGAGGUACAAAGACAUCAGAAUGCACACAAUCAGGUUCUUGUUUCCAUGCCACCUUUUCAUGGUCGUUUUAAGCCUGAUUUAUAUAUGGAAUGGGAGUUCGAAAUAAAUGCUAUAUUUGCUUCCCAUUAUUUUUCUGAGCAUGAAAAAUUUAAGGUCGCGGUUGGUACAUUCACUGGUUUUGCUACUGUUUGGUGGAGUGAACAUUGUCAGUUAUACUCUAAUUAUGUACCUACUACUUGGGAUGAUUUAAAACCUGUCAUGAGAGAUAAAUUUGUCAAUGUUUACUAUACUCGUGGCAUGAUUAAAAAACUACAAAAUUUAAAACAAGGUAGUGACACUGUAACAAAAUAUUAUGAUGAUUUACGAAGUACCUUGUUGCACUCCUUGUUAGAGGAAAGUGAAGAUGAUUUGAUGGAUAGAUUUUGGGGAGGUUUAAACUGUGAUAUUCAGGAGAUACAAAUUCAUGAAGAGUAUUAUCCUAUGGACUGUUUGUUUCGUCUUGCUUGCAAAGCUGAACAGAAAGUAAAACGGCGUGUUGUCUAUAAGGAGAAUAGGAGCAAGGUGCACAUUACAAGAGAUGAUACGGUUGUUCCUUCAACUACUAGGCAUACUAUGACAACCACAUCCGUGGUUGUGAGGACUACAUCACCUCCAUCAUGUGACACAUCACCUUCGAGAGUGCCUACAUCAUCCGAGUUGAUCACAAGAGCACCUAGUAUGGACAAGAAGAAUGAACACUGGAGCACGAUCAAGCACUAUGAAGCCGCGUGCGAAGGGAACAAGAACGGAGUUUUCGGAGGAGAUUUCCGCACUUUGAAGCCACCAUGAUGAUAUAUAAGAAGAUGGACGAAAUAUAUAACAUGUCUUUCACAAAUUUCGUCCAUAGAUUAUUAUUGGUGCUGUGUCACCUUAGUUUUGGGCUAGCCCAUGUAUUUUCAAAAUACCUCUCAUUUGGCUAUUUUUAGAGUCCAUAUUGUAGGGGAAGCGACUUAGGAGAUGUUUUAGUCCCACCUUGCCAAGGGUGGACGAAUUCCCCUCUUUUUUCUCCUAUAAAUACAACCCUUAAGGCACCGUGUUUUAUUUA